AUGUUCAGAACUACUAGCAGGUUCGUGGGCCAGGCCUUCGCUAGAAACAGCAAAAGAUCCAUACAUGAAGUUCCCAAGUUGAGAAAUGAAGAAAAGUACAUAGCCAAUGGUAUUGAAGGAUUAUACACUCCAUCAGGAUUCCAAACUGCCUGGUCAGAUUACCAAAAGUUCUUGACCUUGAACUUGACUUUGCACACUAACGGUACCGAGAACGAAUUAAGAACCCCUUACCAAAUCUUAUUGAAGACUGCCAAACAAACCACCCAACAACACAUUUUCCACUACGCAUCCCAAGCUCACAAUAACCAUUUUGCAAUGGAACAACUCACAGACAAGACCGAAGCAUCCAAGACCAGACCAUCUAGAGCAUUGAUGGAAAAACUUGCAUUCCAAGAUAUCCCUGACUUGGAAACGUUCAGAGAAAGAAUGUUAUUGUUGGCAGAUUCUUCGUUUGGCCAAGGCUGGGUGUUCUUGGUUGAAUUACCUGACAAGUCGUUGAGAAUCAUGAGAUGCAACAACGAUGGUACUCCAUACUACUUUGCCAAGAACCAGUCCUUGGACUUGAAUGGUGGUGUUGAUGAGGGAAGUUUUGAAUACUUGAAUUCAUUGAAUGUUCGUGCUAAAUCCAACGAGAAGGACUGGACCUUGCCAAUUUUGGCUAUCAACUGCUGGGAUGUUUCAUACAUAAAGGAUUACGGUAUGACUGGUAAGGCCGACUACUUGGCCAACUUCUGGGACUGUAUCAAUUGGGAUGUUGUCAACAAGAGACUCUUUCAAGUUUGA